CAUUCCAAUUUGAUGGGAGGCCGUUGAAACGGUGUAAACCUACGUAAAACAUUCCCCUUGUGUUUACAAUGUGAUAUACAUAAUGAAACGAGUCUUUUCUGGAUGGAAAUAAUUGAAAGAUUUUCGACUAAGUGACUUAUUAUAAACUUUUUGGAUUUACUUUAUUCAAAAUGGUGAAACCGGAGGAAAUCCGCGAUCGUCAAAAGCUUGCAAACUUGAUAAGUCAGUGGAACUCGGAACAUUACGAUCUUUUUGAAUUGAGUCCACCAAACGAGAGUUUGGAGUUCCAUGGUGUUGUAAGAUUCUACUUCCAAGAUGAUGACCAUAAUGUUGUUACCAAGUGUAUACGGGUGGCCAGUUCGGCAACCACUAAGGAAGUUGUGGAUGUACUGGUUGAGAAAUUUCGUCCAGACAUGCGCAUGCUUACAGCAAACAGAUAUAACUUGUUUGAAGUGCACAUAAAUGGAGAGGAGAGGAAACUGCUGGAUGAUGAAAGAAUAUUGUAUGUGCAAUUGAACUGGGGAAAAGAUGUACGAGAAGGGAGAUUUUUGCUCCGUAGGGAGGGUGCCACUACUGCCCCAGAGAAAGAAAAUGCUCCAGGUUUCAAACGGAAAUUAUCUAAGAGGGAAAAGAAAGAAAAGAAAAAGGCAGAUAAAGAAAGAAAAAUGAACAAAGAAAAUGUAGAUAAAAAUGGUGGUGUAGCCCAGCAGUUGUAUACAGAUGCCCCGGAGACGAGCUUUACUAGGAGUAUUUCAAACCCAGAGGCAGUUAUGAGGCGGCGAAGGCAGCAGAAAUUGGAGAAAAAAUUACAACAGUUCCAUGGACAGAACGGUCAAGGGGGCACAUUGAAGAUCUAUGGGGAGACACUGAAGCCAGAUGUUCCUUAUAAAACACUACUACUGUCGACAGCGGAUACAGUGAAACAUGUCAUCAAGGAGGCAAUGGAAAAAUAUGGGGUUGAUACAGAGGAUACUUCACAGUUUGUGCUUGUUGAGGUGUUGGUACCGCCAGGAGAAAGAGAGUACCAUGGAGGUACAAUAGGGGAGGAGAGGAUUAUGGAAGAUGAUGAAUGUCCACUAGCCAUUGCCAUGCAGCAUCCACCUAGCAGAGAUUCUACGUCUGAUGAUGAUCAAGGAAUGUUGAUGUUCCAAUUGAAAAGGAAAAAUGCGGAUAUGAUCAAGCCCAAGUACAAGAGACAAAGGGCGGUAUCACAUGAAGAUUUAAGAUCAACACAGGCACCAAGCAGUCAGUCUACUCCACCAAACAAGUUACCUUUCCUGGUGGAAUUAAAUCCAGAUGGUACAGAGAAUUUGAAAGGGAAAGUACACAGGUUACAUCUGGAUGUUACAGAAGUGGGGCGUGAAAAAUCUGUAUCCACCAGUGGACAGUAUCUGCAGUUAUUUGGACCAAACAUCCAGCCUCGUCAUUGUGUAAUAGCUCACACAAGUGGUAUAGUCACAGUAACACCAACCAGCAGGGAGUCCGAGACGUAUGUCAAUAACCAGAGAGUUCAUGAAACAACACUACUUCAGCAUGGAAUGACCGUAAAGUUUGGAAAACAGAACGCAUUCAGAUUCUUUGAUCCUUCUUGGGAAGAGAAACAGAGGAAGGGUCAAAUGCCUCAGGAAUUAGCACAAAAACAAGCCACAGCUCCUCCAUUCCCAAACCGGCCUCAGGAGACCAAUUUCGACAUGGAUGGUAGGGUAGAGACGAUGACAGAUGGUUCCCGGCCUAAUCACCCACAGAGGCAGGAGAGUAGGCAAAGUGCUCACAGUAGUCUUCAGGGCAGCAGUAUGCAGGGCAGCAUUCAUGAUGAUGUACCCAGAGGCUCGCCACGUGAUAGUCGACCGGAUGGUACCAAGUUUGAAGAUGCAUUACCAGCUAGUCUAGAGUUUAGAGAUGAUAAGGAGAAUGAUUUCCUUAGUACAGUUAUCUUAGACACAAAUGCAUCGGCGACACAGUUUAAACUUUCUCCAACAUACACGAUGUAUCUAGCAGUCAGGUUCAGACUUUCGAGUGCAUACAGACCUGAACUUAGUCCAUCAGAUCGAGCACACAAACUGACGUCUGUGGUGAACAAAAUAGCACAGAUGAUUCCACAAGCAAUACAAGAUAAUCGUGAUAAUCCAGCAACGUUAGCAUUCUGGAUGGCAAACGCCUCCGAGAUCCUGCAUUUCUUUAAACAGGAUCAUGAUAUACAUCUGUUCAGUCAGGACUCGCAGGAGAUGUUAGCGGAGGCCGUUCAGAUGGCCUUCCAUCACCUUGUACGAUGUCUUCAGUACGAUCUUCAACGAACACUUCCGGCAUUCCUUGAUGAAAAUGAUGAUGACGGAGAAAUAGAUGAUCGAGCACGUUAUAAUAGAAACAAACCCACAAUGAUGGAUAUUCUCGACACGUUGUCCUCGGCGAUGAACCUGCUGCGACGUUGUCGUGUAAAUGCUGCCCUCACUAUUCAACUGUUCUCCCAGCUGUUUCACUUCAUCAAUAUGUGGGUAUUCAACAUCCUUGUCACUGAAAAAAGACUGAACCUGUGUACCAGAGCCUGGGGGGUCCGACUGAAGAGACGUCUAGGACGUGUUGAGGCGUGGGCAGAGAAACAAGGUCUAGAACUUGCUGCUGAUUGCCAUCUGUGUAGAAUUAUUCAGGCUGCUCAUUUAUUGCAAGCACCAAAAAGCAGUCCGGAUGAUAUUGCUAACAUUAGUUCCACGUGUUUCAAACUGAACUCCCUACAGUUACGUGAACUUUUGGAACGUUACCAGCCGGAACCCAUGGAACCUCCCAUACCACAUAAUCUUAUCGAUCGGGUGGUGUCGGUGGCACAGAAUAUGGCUGACGAGCUGAUAAGGACAGAUGGACGUCAGGUACAGCUGGAAGAGGACCAAGAUUUACAAUUGCCUUUCUUACUUCCUGAGGACGGAUAUUCCUGUGAUACUAUUAAAGGUGUUCCUAAUGGUUUGGCAGACUUCAUUGAGCCAUUAACCCGGUCAGGGUUGUGUCGUAUGGCACAUCAGCCCCAGGCAAGUGGUCUGUGGACAGUCUACAUGUCUGAUGAUGAAUCGUCACAAAUUAUAGAGGAAUCAAUACGAGAGCGUAAAGAUCGAACUCCGGACCCAAGGCAGCAGGCACAACAGCAAGUUGCACCACAGCAGCAACCUCAAGGUCCGUCGUCGCCCAUAACAAAAGAACCGGAAGUAAUAGUAGUGAGCUUCAACAAGGUGAAAGGCAGCAUGGGAUUGAGCAUUGUCGCCGCAAAGGGAGACGGCCAGAGGGAAAGAGGGAUCUACAUCAAGUCUGUUGUACCAGAGGGCGCUGCUGCUAUUGAUGGGAGGUUACAAGCAGGUGAUCAGUUACUAGAAGUUGAUGGCAAAAGUUUGGUUGGACUAACUCAGGAAAAAGCUGCAGAGCUUAUGACCAGGACUGGUCACACAGUUACAUUGAAGGUUGCUAAACAAGGUGCCAUUUAUCACGGUCUAGCUACACUGCUCAGUCAACCAUCACCCAUCAUGCAGAGAGCUUCUCCACAGAAGACUCCUAUGACUCCAAGUAAACAGCGUCCUGGAGAGGAGGGGCCACCUCCCUAUAAUGGCAUGCCUGAAAAUGACCGCAGACCAGGCAUGCAGAAAGACUCGCGCACCCUUCCAAGAGACAUGAGAGGUCAAGGACUAAGGGGACCUGAUAGUCGGUCUUCACCAGCACUUAACACUGAUUCCAAGUCAAGACGCAGAAAGUCGUCUUUCAAACGAGAGCGGCGCAACACUUGGCAUACUGGCAUUGUUCCCGAAAUCAUAAAAACGGCAGAGAUACGCGACAGGCGUGCUUGGGCUGAAUGUACUUUUCCUGGUGCCAGGCUUGGGCGUAAAAAGCCUGCAAACUACCAGUCAAGAGUGGAGAUAGAAAAAUUAAAAACUUUAGUUCCUAUUAAAGUUCUGAAGCAGAAAGUUGAACAAUGCGAAUUAAGGGAUUACAGGGCAAAAGCAGAGAAAUUGACACCAAAGGGAGAGUAUUUUGGCAUGAACAAUUUCCACAGGUCUUUGUCAGUGGCUAGUUACUUCAGUCGUGGAACAUUAUACAGUUACCCAAAGAAAGUGAACACACCCUCGUUGCAUGAACUAGUAUCAGCAGAAGACGGGGUCUCUGAGGAUGACGUGUUUGAGAGUGGAUUCAGUACUAGUCGAUCAGAGUCAGGAUUGUAUGACACUCCAUCAAGCCGGCAGUCUAAAAGUGACUCAGAACUAACUAGACGAUGGCUUUUGAGUGAUCAGCCAAUGUCUGCUGCUGAAAGGUUACGAGUACAACCUGCCGGUCAUCAACAACCACAUCCACAUGGCCACUUCAACAGACGUGAUAAUCGUGACAUGAUGGAUAAAUCAAAAUCUAUACCAAAUCUACACAUGGACAAUUCUUUCGACGGUCGCCCCGAUCAGGGAAUGAUGCGACCGGCCCAGAGUGUAAGUGCAUUACAGCGCAAUCAGAACCCUCACGCAGACUAUUACAAUCAGCCUCACUCGCUGGAAGAUUCCAGAAGUCACGAUUAUGAAAAUCAACCUAUCGACCCAAGAAUUAGGGAUCAAAACAGAGGAUAUCCAAAUACUAAUCAACCGUCACCUGGAAUGCAAUACAACCGUCCCCCUAUGCAUCAGUCACCUGCAAGAACUUCGCAGAACUUCGAAAGACCACAAUCGCAGUUUAUUGCUCCACAUGAACGACCAGAGUUAGUGAAUGGACGUCCAAAGUCAGAGGAGAUAAGUCCUGAAAAACUGAGAAACUGGCAAGAUAUGGAUCGUAGCCAAGGUUCUCCUCAUGACAGUUUCGAAAAUAGAGUACCUAACUAUAGCAAUAUAAGACCGCAACCUAAUUAUGCAAAUCAAGGUGAGAUUAGAAAAAUGGACAUGGGGAAUCAGUCAAAACAGCCAAACUUUUACGAAAAUACAUUGCCGAGGCAACAGGAACCGACACCUCCAUUCCAGCAGCUGAGACGGCCAGAAGAAGAUAAGUCUAAACCAGCUCCUGCACCGAAACCGUCAGUUGCACCAAAACCGAAUCAACCGUUGGUACAUCCGGCUGAGAUUCCAAGAUCAGAGAUUGAUAAUCGGCAGACGCAGCCACAUUUCUACAAUCCUCAGUUGAGAGACAAACCAGGUUAUCAGCAGGCAUCACAAGGUUUCAAUACUUCACCCAACUCUCAGAGUCAUUACCAGAAUACAAGCUUCCAUGAUGGUCGUGCAGAUUUUAGAAACAAACAUUUAUCUGGAGGUAAUGACAUGCAUAAAAGCCCUAAUAUGUCAGCUCCUAUGCAUGAAAUUCCACCGGAGUUGCCCCCACCGCCUUCAAUGGAAGAAAUGCAUGAUGAAGAAUUACCUCCCCUGCCCCCACCUCCAGUUAUGGAUUAUAGACUUGAACAAAAAAUACGAGAGGAGCAAAAUAGAUUAUUACAACAGCCUCCCUCUGACCCAAGUUACAGUAAUCUUCCUCCACAGAAUAGCAGAAAUCAGCCAUUUUCCACUUCAUCAAUGAUGCGGGAUCCCAGGUCAGCAACUCAGCCUGGGAACCAGUCUCUUCCACCCCACUCUGCUGGUUACCAGCCUCCAAUGAGUUCUGGUUAUCAGCCUCAACAUCCAACUGGAUACCAGCCACCACAUUCAGCUGGUUUCCAGUCUCAGCAGCCACAGUCAUUGCCAGUACAGUCAUCAGGAUACCAGCCUAACCAUGACUACCAGAACAUCAACUAUCCGAAUAGAAGUAUGGAACACAGUCCAUCUUCUCAACCCCCACAACAACAACAACAACAAAAUCUUUAUGAAUCGUAUGACCCAAGAAAACAGCAAUCAAACUAUAGGCCGCCAAUACAUACACAGAUUAAAGAUCAGCGUGAAUCAAUAUUAUCGCCAUGGCAAAGAGAGGAGAAGGAAAAACAACAAAAAGAACAGGAAGAAGGAAUGAACCGUAUACGUGAGAUGGAGAUUGCUGAGCUGGAAUCAAGACCACAUCGAACACCGCAAGAGGAAGAACGGCUACGUAAACUGAGACUCGAUGCAGAAUUCAAUCGCAGAUUACAGGAGGUACAGAACAAAGAUGAGGAAGAGGAUUCUGAUGAUGACAGAUUUGUGAGUACACGUGUCUCGGUGCAAGGCUUGCAGGAGGACCUUGUGAAAAGUCGUAUGAAGAUGCAAGAGUUGGAACAGAAACGACAGUAUGAGGACAUGGAGAAAGAAAAGGAUCGAAUGCAAAGGGGUAUAUUGAAAAAUAAGCAGCCACCUCCUAUAGCGGAGAAACCAGAAGUGGAAGCCCCUCCUGUAUCAGUGAAGAAUGUUUCACAAGGGUUGGAGCGACGUAUUGAGAUGUUUGAACGGGAACGGGAGGAACAGAGACAAAGACAGCAACGACGAAUAGAGAAACAGCAACGGGAAUCAGAAGAAUAUCUUAGGAAACAAAAGGAGGCCCGGGAACAACAUAGAAGAGAGAUUGAGGAUAAUUUACGUCUCCAAAGGCUAGAGGAGGAAAAAUUACGAGAGAAGAAAAGGCAAGAGGAAGAGAGAAGAAAAGAAAUGGAGAGGCAGAGACAAAAGGAACUUCAGGCUCAGAAAGACGCUGAGGAGGCUCGAGCUCGUGAGGAAAUACGUCGUCAAGAGGAAGAAUACCAGCGCCAACAACUAGCGGAGCAGGAGCGGCGAAGACGGGAAGAGGAAAGAGAAAUAAGAGUUGCUGAAGAGAGAAAACGUCUUGAGGCCUUAGCAAAUCAGCAAAAUCAAUAUUAUUCACAAUAUGAAAAUUUGCCUCCUCAAGGCUCCCCGAAAACUGUGCCAGAUCCGCGAUACGGUCAAAGCCAGUAUGGCCCGCCUCCACCGGAGAGAGGGUCCUCGUACGAUACAGGUAGAAACAUGAAUGCUAGGCCGGAUCAUAUGGACAGAUAUAACGGUGGGUAUCAUAUGAAUCCGCCGUCACAAUAUGGGUCCAGUCAGGAAAAUAUUCCUUCAAAAAAAUCUGUUUCAUUUAACCCACAAGUGAACUUGGAAGUGGGGCCAGGAAGCCCAGGUCAUAAUUCAUCAUAUCAGCCGUUUCAGAGAGCAUACACGCCUCCUGAACCACAAAAUAUGUCGCGGACAAAUUAUUCUCAGUCACAGUCAGUGCCAGUCAGUUCGGUACCAUCGCCAUCAGUGAACAAUAAUGAUGUUAAAUAUAGAACUCAAGAAAAUACGCCAACUGUGAUUGGUUCACAGGAAAUUUAUAGGGACCCUAGAUCUAGGAUCGAAGCCAAAAUGGCGAACAAAAAUAAACAAAAUGUUGAUAGGUUAUCUUUUAGAGACAAAAUGAAAUUUUUUGCUCAAGAAGCUGGGGAGCAUACUCCGAAAGAAAAACCGAAAGCGUCAACAAGUCAGAGACGUAUUGAAUCUCAGCUACUUUAUAAUGGUCAGUGAUCUGAUUAUAUGAAAAUGAAUUAGGAAAUAUUUGAAAAUUAUGCAAGAAAAAUCUCUUUUCCCGGUACUGUCUUUGAGAUGUAGAUAUUGAUAUAUAAAAACCGACCGCACUAGCAAAUAAAAGUGCUUUUAAAUUGUGUUCAGAGAGGUGACUUAUGGGGACUAUCAGUUUCCGAGAGUAAGAAGUUGGGUAUCCUCGGCCAUUUAACGUGAAUGCAUGUUUCAGUUGCCGUUAAACUGAUACAGUUACGAAACACUUGUUGUAGUUAACAUUUAUCGAGUUGUGAACAACUACUAUGUGAUAUUCAAAAGAGUUGUGUAGAUUAACAAAUACAUGUGUAAACUUUGUAUAGAAAAUUCAGUACAAGUGUAAGCUGUUGGUGAAGCAAUAAACAAAAAAUCAUGGCGUAACGUUCAUGCAGCAGGUGGUGAUAACUAGAGAGCUAGGCAUUUAUUAUGUAAAUAUUAUAUUUUUUUACAUGAUAUGUACAUUUAUGUUAAUAUGUAUUUUGUACAUGUAUAUUGCAUUCCAUGUUAUAUUCUGAUCAUGUGAUAUUUGUAAUGGGUUGUUAAAAAUUUGUUAUUUAACAUCAAAAUAGACUUUGAUAAUAGUUUUUAUUUUCUUAACAAAUUAGAUAUUUAAAUAAAUGUAGUUGUCAUAUAUGCUAGUAUUUUAGGAAGAACUGUAUAAAUAACAUGUUUAAGAAUGCUAUAUGGGUCUGGUGCAAUAACGUGUAUCGGGCCCAGAUGCAUUCAUUAGAUAGUAGACGAACUGUUCUGUCCUACUUUAAAUUAAUAAACUUCCCGAAAUGAGUGAAUUAUUCAGCUAACAGUUCGUAUUUAACCUGGCUUAUACUUUUUCUUUCAAUCUUCAUUUUUAUUUAUUGAUGGAAACAACAUAAAUACUUUUGAUUGGAAAAAUCCCUGAAAAAUUCAUAGGUAAUAUUAAUAGUUUAUAAUUACUCUCUGAUCUGUACGGAAGUUUCUAUUCCCACUGAAAAAUGUAAAAUAUGAAUAAAUUAAUCUGGUCUCAUUUUGAUCAUUCAUCCAUGAAUAUCUGUCAUUAAAAUGGAUAAAAGGGCAUUUAUUUGUAAACACAGCUCUAAGAAAGAUAUAUAUGCAGUAAAUUUAAGUUGAAAUGUUUAAAAGACAUUAAAUUGUUUAAAUUCUUUCAUUCAUAUGAUUUGAUAAAAAAGGGUGAAUGUUAUUUAAUUACAGUACGAUGUUAGCAAAUACUGACCCGAGUUCCACUGGCUUUCUACGUAAUUGAUCAAUCCUCAUUUUGGUUCCGAGAGUUUAAUUCUACACCGUUCUGUAUUUAAGUCUUUAAUAUUGAGAUCACAGAGAAAAUUAGAUAAAUACAAACUGUUCUGUCCUACUUCAAAUUAACUUCCUGAAAUGAGUCUGAAUUCAGCAAACAGUUCGUAUUUAAACUGAAAAUAAAAAAAAAUUGUGGGUUGCUUCUGCUGUUAUAAAGUAUGCUUAAAUCUUUGAAUGUAUCACUUUUUGUGUUGUCUUCAGUUUAUUUUUUGUUUGAACGGUACAGAAAGGACAUGUUUGUUGAUCAACUUGUCAUUUACUGUAUUUUGUGUCCUAACAUAUUUUGUGAUGUUUAAUAUCGUUUAAAGUUUCUCAUUUAUAUAAAAUAUCUUGACAUAUCAUCAGCCAGUUGUUAUGUUUCUUUGUACAUAUUUAAGAUAAAUAUUUUUACAAGAAUUGAUAUUUGAUAUAAAAAAAAGAGAGAGGCCUAUAUUCUCCCCCCCCAGUUUACACCAAUGCAUGAAAUGGUUGUAUGUUUAAUCAUGUUUAUACGGUAGUCCAUGUUGUUUUCAAAAUAUUCAGUUGUUGAACAGUUUACAUGAUAUAUUGUUUAAGUAUUAUGUGAAAUCUGUUGUCAGAACUUUUUCUGAAUACAUAGAUACUCCAAGCAAAAAAAAAAAAAUACUUUGUCAUUUAAAUGUCGGCUUCUUGAUUUUAUUUGAAACUUCAGUGUUUACGUUUAAAAUUUAAUUGCUGAAACUCUCUUUAUUUCAUUCAUAAUGCUAAUUGGUGUCACGCACUUAUCAGAGUUGUAACAAUUUACUUCAUUAUAACUAAACGGCAUGAUGUAUUAUUUUACACUAUCAAAGACAAAAAGAAUAUAAUAAUCUAGGUCUUAUUAAUAUACAGUAUAACCAUAUUUGGAAUUUCUUCCAACUAUUUUACCAUUAAAACAGGAUUUCUCUAUUUUAUACGUUACAAGUCAUACGCAGAUUGUUCAUGUAAAAGAGAAAAGCAUUAUAUCUUUGUAAUACAAGACUUGUUUUCAACUCUCAAACGGAAUCAUUGUAUUUCUAACAUUCACUGUACAAGAAAAAAAUAAAUUGAGUAUAAUAUUCACAAGUUAUCUGUAUUACUUACAUUUCAUUAUUUUUCAUAAGUCAACUUUGAAGGCAAAUGUAUUCCCUUUUCAAAUUUUGAAGUUUUAUAAUGUUUUAAUAAACUUAUAUUGUCCAGAAUACCUCAAAAUUAUACAAUUUGUUAUCAAUCAAGUUUGGAUCUUACCUUUUGGAAGAAGUGCCUUAAAUGUUACAUAACAUAUCGUACCUUUUAUCUAAGGCCUGUAUUUCCUCUUAUUACACUAUUUCAUUUAAUGAAAUUUCUGUCUUCAUCAUUUCGUACUUUAUUGUAAACUCAUCUGUGUUUUUUGUUUGUUACCACAUUUGACCUAUGAGGACCAUUUCUUAGACUGCUAGCUGACAGACAUACUGUAGGGAGAUAUAGCUCCUAACUUUUCUAAAUGCCAGAUGAAAUAAAACCAUUAUAUCGGUCA